AAUCACACCCCUGCUUCUCUACGGAACUACUAAACACCCAUCUCUAGACACCAUGUGUUGCAACUACUACAGAAACUCAUGUGGUAGCUAUGGCUACGGCUGUGGCUAUGGCUGUGGCUCUGGCUCUGGCUGCAGAUACGGCUCUGGCUAUGGUUGUGGCUGUGGCUAUGGUUGUGGCUAUGGCUCUGGCUAUGGAUGUGGAUAUGGCUCUGGCUAUGGCUGUGGAUACGGCUCUGGCUACGGCUGUGGAUACGGCUCUGGCUAUGGCUGUGGCUCUGGCUAUGGCUGUGGCUAUGGCUGUGGAUAUGGCUCUGGCUAUGGCUCUAGCUGCUAUGGCUACCAGCCAUUUUGCUAUAGAAGAUGUUAUUCUUGCUGCUAGGAAAUAACUGCCAUGCAUCUUGUCUUCUAAAAUGACAAUUUUAAGGCCAUUUAUGUUUCAAUAUCCUACAAUUCCACCAAAUUCCACUGAAUAGAGAGUAGUCAGAGCCCGAAGAAAACAGAUUGUCUUUUGAAAUCCUGCUUGCUAUUGUGAGGGCCUGAGGUGCUCCAUGAUGUUUCUGGAAGACAGAAGACCUAACUCUGGCCAUGGUCCAAAUAUAAACCUACUACUUUCUUAUUUUAGGUUUCCAUAUUGUGACUAUUUCCAAAUAAACAAGUUUCAUUGGUCCUAACAAGUUUUUCUAUUUUUUUCUUGUUUCAGACA